AGGGCGGAAGCGGAAGAGCUUCUUCCGCCCGUGCGGCGGUGUCGCGGCCGUCGCCAUGCCGGGUGCCGCCGAGCGCGGCUCGGAGCUGUCGGAGCAGAUCGAGGCUUUCGUGUCGCGGCUACGGGGCGGCGGGCAGAGGCCGCGCUCUGAGGACACGGCGCGGCAGACGCUGUCGCUGCUGCGAAAGAUCAUCGCGCACGGGCGGUGGGGAUGGGCCGGGGAGCUGAUGGAUCUGAUCCGGACGGAGGGCCAGCGGAUGACAGCAGCACAGCCAUCCGAGACCACAGUGGGCAACAUGGUGCGGCGUGUGCUGAAGGUCAUUCGGGAGGAGUAUGGCCGACUUCAUGGGCGCAGUGAGGAAAGUGAUCAGCAAGAUUCCCUGCACAAACUUCUGACCUCUGGAGGACUGAGUGAGGAUUUCAGCACUCCCUACCCUUCUCUCAGAGCAAACGUUAUUGAAGCUAUCAAUGAGCUGCUAAUAGAGCUAGAGGGCACCACCGAUAACAUUGCCAUGCAGGCACUGGAGCACAUCCAUUCCAACGAGGUGAUCAUGACCAUCGGCUACUCACGCACUGUUGAGGCCUUCCUGAAGGAAGCUGCCCGCAAACGCAAGUUCCAGGUCAUUGUGGCAGAGUGUGCACCUUUCUGUCAGGGUCAUGAAAUGGCUGUCCGACUAUCUAAAGAGAACAUUGAAACUACAGUCAUGAGUGAUGCCGCUAUUUUUGCUGUCAUGUCUCGAGUCAACAAGGUUAUCAUUGGUACAAAGACAAUCCUGGCCAAUGGUGCACUGAUUGCUGUGAGUGGGACUCACACUCUGGCACUAGCAGCUAAACACCACUCCACACCACUUAUUGUAUGUGCCCCCAUGUUCAAGCUCUCACCCCAGUUCCCUAAUGAAGAAGAUUCAUUCCACAAGUUUGUGUCACCACAAGAAGUGCUGCCAUUCACAGAAGGAGAGAUCCUGGCAAAGACUAAUGUUCACUGCCCAGUGUUUGACUACGUCCCUCCAGAGCUCAUUACUCUCUUCAUUUCUAACAUUGGGGGUAAUGCACCUUCUUACAUCUACCGCCUCAUGAGUGAGCUCUACCAUCCAGAUGACUAUGAACUCUAACACCAAGAAGCGUAUUACUGUCCAAACUUGUCCAGUCUUUCUCUUUAGAAAGAGACAGCAGCUAAUUAAAGCAGAUGUUGCAAAGGUGGGUUGCUGUUGGGAACUGGUAGGGAAUACGCUCAGCACAAUCUUACCUACCAAAAAGCAGCAGAAGACAGUUCUUGUACUUGUCCUGAACCCUCUGCUUUGUUACGAGCCACAUGAAGAUGCUAACCAAUUUUGAAACAACAAAAUGUCAUUUUCUGGGGCAGCUGCGCUGUUAUUCAAAGAGUGCUGCAAUAAAUGCUGUUUACAGUG